AUGCUUUGUGAAUGGUGGCGGUCGUGGACUCUCUGCUGGAUACUUUUUACCGUUGGUUACGGCCAAGCGCCACCUGCCGGGAAUUAUGAUACAAUCAAUAUCAUAGCUUCGCCAGCCGAUGGCAAUAUUACCAUCAGCUUCAAACAGCCCUCGGUAGGUACAUGUACCACCGUCUUUGAAACACAAAAGCAAUAUACCGGAUAUGUGACUCUCCCUCCCAGUCCGGCCCGCUCAAACCAAGGCAAUUUUACCGUCAAUACCUUCUUCUGGUUCAUCGAGGCCAGGCAACUGCCCGAGACUGCACCACUUACAGUUUUCAUGAACGGUGGACCGGGAUCUUCCAGCAUGGUCGGCCUUUUCCAAGAAGUCGGCCCUUGUCAGGUCGUCGAAAUAAGUCACGACAGGCUUGGGACUGUGGCUCGAGAAUGGGGUUGGGACAGAAGCUCGAACCUCCUUUUCAUUGACCAGCCAGUCCAAACCGGCUUCUCGUUUGACAAGCCCACGAACGCUUCGCUGAAUCUUCUCAAUGACAAUUUGAUAUAUCCUCCGGCCUCGGUACCACUUACGCAGCCGUCGUACACCUUCUUGAAUGGCACUUUUGCGUCCAACAAUCCUACCUUCACUUCCAACACAUCUCAGCUCGCAGCUGAAUCAAUCUGGCAUUUUUUGCAAGGCUUUCUAGCGACGUUUCCGCAGUAUUCUCGACCUCCUCAAAUAGCUGUACCUCCUGUAGAGGAUUUUGUCGAGAUCAAUCUUUUCACCGAAUCUUAUGGCGGGAAAUAUGGGCCAGCCAUAGGUUCUUUCUUCCAAGAGCAGAGUGCAAAACGGCAGACUGAUCUUAGUCUCAUGAACUCAACUAUUGGGCUCAGACUCGCUUCCAUUGGCAUCAUCAACGGCUGGAUCGACGCGCUGGUGCAGACUCCUAUGUACCCCAUGUUCGCAUAUCAGAACUCCUACAGUAUUCAAACAAUCGACCAAGUCCAACAACUUAAUGCCCUUAGCUCUUUUCGAGGCGCAGGCGGCUGUCAGGAGCGAAUUACAUCCUGCCGGUCUCAAGAACUGGCGUACGAUGCAGAUUACAAUGGCGACUCCAUCCUUGUUAACGACGCGUGCUCAGUGGCAUAUGAAACCUGCAUGUCGGACGUUUAUGCACCAUAUUUGACAUCAGGUCGCUCACCCUACGACAUCGCCCAGAGCAACUUUGACCCUUUCCCUGCUUCACACUACCUCGAUUAUCUCAAUACGGUCGAAGUGCAGAGUGCAACUGGAGUACCGGUCAACUUCACUCAAUCGUCCUGGGCCGUCUGGCAUGCGUUCAACAGUACAGGUGAUUGGGCACGCAACAGUGGUAUUGAGGACCUGGUCGGCCUCCUCAACUCCGGCGUUCGCGUUGCACUAAUAUACGGAGAUCGGGACUACGUUGCAAAUUGGCUCGGUGGUGAAGCCGUAUCCUUUGCAAUUGCGAGCGAGGCAGGAGCGUUAUACGCUCCCUGGUAUGCUGCAGGGUAUGCCCCAAUUGUCGCCAACAAUUCUUACAUCGGAGGCACGGUCCGAGAAUAUGGCAAUCUCAGCUUCAGCAGAAUCUACGACGCUGGCCAUCUCGUCCCCGCGUACCAGCCGGAGACGAUGUUCACCGUCUUCUCUCGAAUCAUUGCAGGAACUGACAUCAGUCUCGGCACCAUUGCAGAUCUCUCGUUAUACAGCACCACCGGUGACGCCAACGCAACGCACCAGAAUGUUGCACCUGAAAUGGCGAGUCCAAAAUGCUUCAUUCGUGCCGUCAACAGCACUUGUGAUACCGACCACAGAAACAUGCUGGCAAAUGGAGCAGGCGUCAUCAUCAAUGGCGUCCUGUACGACCAUGGCAGUGAUUGGGAAGAGCCAAACCCUACUGUAGCCACACAGGCUGGGAUGCCUGGGAUCAAGCCGACCAUUAUGAGUGGUGUGCCAACCUCGACCGCGGGAAGCAGUCCUUCUGCAUCAACAGACCGCCAUGAAAGCAGCACCAGAGAGUCCACGAGUCUACCGACCGGUGUUUUUACCGCGACGGGCAUUCCAUCUGUCACCAAAUCCAGCUCUGGCGUGGCGGUGGCUACCAAGCCUGCCCUCAGCUCUCGUGAACAGGUAGCAGCUAUCAUGUUCCUGGGCUGCAUUGGCUCGCAGGUCUUGAUAUGA